UAUUGUUCCAAUUUGCAAAGGUCUCGUUAGUUAGGAUCGAAGAGAAGCAUAAAGCAAUACACUUUUUGGUCCUCCUUCACCUUCUUCUCUAAUCCUGGUCACGGUGCCCUAGAUUUUCUGAAUCGCUUCGAUCGUUCCCCAAUUCCAAACCCUCGACCCCAUCCUCUAGGGUUUCCCAUGGAUUCCGAGGAUGAUAUGCACGACGCCAACGACGUCGAGUCCCUCGACGACGAUUUCUACAGUGGCGAGACCGAGGAUGCUCCCAUGGAUUACUACAGUGACUACGACGACGACCCCGAUGAUUUCCUCGACGACGACCCCGAUUCCGACCGGAUUGAGUCUCGCCGCCCCGAGCAAAAUUUUACCAUAUUGAAGGAAUCGGAUAUCCGGCGAAGGCAGGAAGAUGACAUCGAUAGAGUAGCGACAGUUCUAUCCAUACCGCGGGAAUCUGCGAGCAUCCUACUUCGUCACUACAAUUGGAGUGUGAGUAAGGUGCAUGAUGCUUGGUUCGUUGAUGAGGAAAAAGUCCGAAAAACAGUUGGUUUGUUGGAGAAGCCAGUUCUCCAGAAUUAUAAUUCUAGAGAGCUUACUUGUGGCAUCUGUUUUGAAAAAUAUCUUCCUUCACGGGUUAAAUCUGCUUCUUGUGGUCAUCCUUACUGCUAUUCAUGCUGGGCAGGAUAUAUUAGCACUUCAAUUAACGAUGGACCGGGAUGUUUGGGGCUUAGAUGUCCUGAUCCCAUUUGUGGUGCUGCUGUUGGUCAAGAUAUGAUUAAUCUUUUAGCAUCUGACGAAGAUAAAGAGAAGUAUGACCGUUACCUUAUUAGGUCAUACAUUGAAGACAAUAAAAAGACCAAGUGGUGUCCUGCUCCCGGAUGUGAGUAUGCAGUUACUUUUGAUGCUGGCAGUGGAAAUUAUGAUGUAUCUUGCCUCUGUUCAUAUAGCUUUUGCUGGAAUUGCACCGAGGAAGCUCACCGUCCAGUGGACUGUGGCACUGUGGCAAAGUGGAUAUUGAAAAACAGCGCAGAAUCUGAAAACAUGAACUGGAUACUUGCUAACUCUAAGCCAUGUCCCAAGUGCAAGCGACCAAUUGAGAAAAACCAAGGGUGCAUGCAUAUGACAUGUACUCCACCUUGUAAAUUUGAAUUUUGCUGGCUAUGCCUUGGUGCAUGGUCAGACCAUGGUGAAAGGACUGGUGGUUUUUAUGCUUGCAAUCGAUAUGAGACGGCUAAACAAGAGGGAGUGGUAAGCGACAGGGAUACUCUACUCUUGAUUCAGUAUGAUGAAACUGAAAGAAGAAGAGAAAUGGCUAAGAAUUCGUUGGAGAGGUACACACAUUAUUAUGAGCGGUGGGCCAGCAACCAAUCUUCAAGGCAAAAAGCUCUUGCAGAUCUACAUCAGAUGCAAACUGUUCAUAUUGAGAAGCUUAGUGACACACAAUGCCAGCCUGAAUCCCAGCUUAAGUUCAUAACGGAGGCCUGGUUACAGAUAGUUGAAUGCAGGAGGGUGCUGAAAUGGACAUAUGCAUAUGGAUUCUACUUACCCGAGCAUGAACAUGCCAAAAAACAGUUCUUUGAGUACUUGCAAGGUGAGGCAGAAUCUGGUUUGGAGAGACUUCAUCAAUGUGCUGAAAAGGAACUACAGCUAUUCCUCAAUGCUGAUGGCCCAUCUAGAGAAUUCAAUGACUUUCGCACCAAACUAGCUGGAUUGACCAGUGUGACUAGAAACUACUUCGAGAAUUUAGUGAGGGCAUUAGAGAAUGGUUUGUCUGAUGUGGACAGUAAUGGAGCUGCUUCCAGCAAAGCAACGAGCUCAAAAAAUGGUGCAGGGAGCAGCAAGGGGAGAGGUGGAAGAGGAAAAGCUACUAUUAGGGCUAGCAUACCCAACAGAAUGACUGAUGAUAAUCAUUGGUCUUGUGAACAUUGUACCUAUGCGAAUGUUAGAUCUGCCACCACAUGCCAGAUGUGCAAUCAACCCCGUCGAUGAAACUUGGACCUUCAUUUUGAAACACAUGUCUUCUGCCUAAGGGCCAAUGGAGUUGUUACAAAAACGUUAUAUCAUAUGCCGGCUCCUUUUUGUAAGGCUAUUUAAUGUGAAAGGGGGUUAAGUCACAUAAGAAAGGUUUAUCCUCCUUGCUCCUAUUGAAUACAUCCCAAUUUAAUGUAUAUAAUGUUUUAUCUUAAAAUUUACGUAUGGGGUUUAUGCAACAGGCUUCUGUAACUGAAUAUCGUAUACAGCCCAUGCUGGAGAUGAACACAAAUAUGCUUGUUUGUGUCCUGAUUUCUUCUAGUAAAUCUCUUGCACCUUCACUCUGUUGAUUGGUUUCUCUUUUAUUAAACUGUCGUCGAUUAAGGGACUGUUUUGUUUUGAGAGAAAUACCAUACUAUUAUCACUCAAAUUUAUAGCACCUGUGAACUGUGUCUGGUUCUUGUUGGAUAUGUAACAUGUGCUAUUGACGCAAGCUUAA